AUGUUAAGUUUUAGCUCAGACCAAAGCGAAAAUGACUUGCCAAGGACCUCUGUUACGCACCUAAAGCCAUACUGGAAACCGCAGAAGAAAGAGCAACCUCUGGAGACGCCGAAAACACCCAUGAGCCACCAAAGAGUUGUAAAUGGUGAAACGUGCAGAACGAGCUACAUGAAACCAAGUGUCUUUCCUUCAGCCUCUCUUGGUAAAGCGUUAUCUCGAAAGCCUUUUGGGAUCCUUUCUCCAAAUGUUCUGUGCAGUAUGAGUGGGAAGAGUCCUGUAGAGAGCAGCUUGAGUAUUAAAACCAAAAAGAAUGUACCGCCUGCAACAAUCCACCAGGGUGAAGAAGGGGAAGGACCCCUCGAUAUCUGGACUGUUGUGAAACCGGGAAAUACCAAGGAGAAAAUUGCAUUCUUUGCAGCCCACCAGUGUAGCACUCGGAUAGGAUCCAUGAAAAUAAAAAGCUCCUGGGAUAUAGAUGGGAGAGCUACUAAAAGAAGGAAAAAAUCAGGGGAUCUUAAAAAAGCCAAGAUACAGUUAGAAAGGAUGAGGGAAGUCAACAGCAGGUGCUACCAGCCUGAGCCUUUUGCAUGUGGUAUUGAACACUGUUCUGUGCAUUAUGUGAGUGACAGUGGGGAUGGAGUCUAUGCAGGGAGGCCUCUGUCGGUCAUACAGAUGGUUGCCUUCUUGGAGCAGAGAGCCAGUGCUCUCAUAGCCAGCUGUGCGAAAAACUGCACAAACUCACCUGCUGUUAUGAGGUUUUCUGGGCAUUCCAGAGGUUUGCCCCCAACCUUCUCUGCUCCAGGAGCCUGUGAAGAACCCACGGAAAGGGGAAAUCCUGAGGUAGGUGAACCAUCAAGUGAGCCAGUCCGUGUCCUUGACAUGGUGGCCAGGCUGGAGUCAGAAUGCCUGAGGCGACAGAGCCAACGUGAGCCUGGCGGCCUCUCAAGGAAUAACAGCUUCCGUCGCAAUGUGGGCCGGGUGUUGCUUGCAAAUGGCACUUCAGCUGAAGAAGGCAAAACGAAGAAAGGAACCUUGGAGGCACCUGACACUCAGGUAGAUCCUGUGGGAUCUGUAUCUGAGGACUGUGGCCUCUCAGGAGUUGACCAGUGUUCUCCUGAGGGGGACCGGGCCUGGGAUGGCUCUCCUCGGGGCUGUCCCUCGCCAGCAGGUGUGAGUUUCCAGGUGGACAGUGCAGAAUUAGAGCCAGAUCAGCAAACUACCUUGCAAAACAGCAAUAGGUAUGAUGUAGAAAUGACUGAAGAACAUGUUGAGUCUCCCUUUCCUCCUCACACUUGUCCCCAAGCCACUGAAUUGCCUACAGAUACUGUUGAUUGUGUGAGUAGAGAGCUCGUGCCACUUACUAGCCAAAAUCCUGAUCAAAGAAGAAAAGAAUCUUUGUGCAUUAGUAUCACUGUGUCCAAGGUAGAGAAAGACCAACCUUCUAGUUUAAACCCCUCUGGUGACCCACUUCCAGGGAUGUUGUUUUUUUUGCCACCUGGUCGGCAUGAGUCGGACUGUUCACAGUUGAGUGAAAGCACGAGAGAAUCUUCAGAGGCCAGCCAGCUUGAAGGUGCUGCUGAGGUUCACAGUGUGUCUGAGGAAAAAAGUGUUUCAGCUGAGCCAUUUGUCCUGCCGGCCUCUUCUGUGGAAAGCACAUUACCAGUGCUUGAGGUGUCUAGUUGGAAGAAGCAGGUGUCUCAUGACUUUCUGGAGACCAGGUUUAAGAUCCAGCAGCUUUUGGAGCCUCAGCAGUACAUGGCCUUUCUGCCCCACCAUAUUAUGGUGAAAAUCUUCAGGUUGCUUCCCACCAAGAGUUUAGUGGCUCUUAAAUGUACUUGCUGCUAUUUUAAGUUCAUCAUUGAAUACUACAACAUCAGGCCAGCAGAUUCUCGCUGGGUACGAGACCCACGGUAUAGAGAGGAUCCUUGCAAGCAGUGCAAGAAAAAAUACGUCAAGGGGGACGUGUCCCUGUGCCGGUGGCACCCGAAGCCCUAUUGCCAGGCGUUACCCUAUGGGCCAGGAUACUGGAUGUGUUGCCACCGGUCUCAGAAGGGCUUUCCUGGCUGUAAGCUAGGGCUUCAUGACAAUCACUGGGUCCCUGCCUGUCACAGCUUUAAUCGAGCAAUUCAUAAGAAAGCAAAAGGGGCUGAAACUGAAGAAGAAUAUUAA